CUGCCCAGAGUCCGGGCCACGGGGCUUCGGAGGACGUGGGUCAGCGCUGCACACGGGCUAUUUGCUGAGCUCUUCCUGGGUCCGCAGCCCCCCAGGGCUCGGGCAGGGGUCUGGGGGCAGAGCCACAGCAGCAGCAGCAGCUCCGAAGGCCCCCUUGGGCUGGGAGGAGCUAGAGAGGCCCCUGCCAGCCUGUCACAGGCUCUUGGCACUGGCUCUGGCUUUCACACACGCAAACACAGACACACGCACACGCACACACUCACACUGGCAGGCACCCGCUUGGUGGCCUCCACGUCUCAUCUUCAGACUUACAGGUCCUGCCUCCCAGGCUCAAAGCUGGCUCCGUGGGGGACACAGUGACAUGAGAGGCACACCACAGACCCUCCUUCUGGCCUUCUCCCUCCUCUGCCUCCUCUCAAAGGUGUGUGCUCAGCUGUGCCCAAUGCCGUGUGCCUGCCCCUGGCCACCACCCCGAUGUCCACCGGGGGUGCCCCUGGUGCUGGAUGGCUGUAGCUGCUGCCGGGUGUGUGCGCGGCGGCUGGGGGAGCCCUGUGACCACCUCCACGUCUGCGACCCCAGCCAGGGUCUGGUUUGCCAGCCCAGGGCGGGCCCUGGUGGCCGAGGGGCCGUGUGCCUCUGGGGAGAUGAUGAAGGGAGCUGUGAGGUGAACGGCCGCGUGUACCGGGACGGGGAGACCUUCCAGCCCCACUGCAGGAUCCGCUGCCACUGUGAGGACGGCGGCUUCACCUGUGUGCCGCUGUGCAGGGAGGACGUCCGGCUGCCCAGCUGGGACUGCCCGCAUCCCCGGAGGGUUGAGGUCCCCGGCAGGUGCUGCCCUGAGUGGGUGUGCGACCGGGGAGGGGAGCUGGGGACCCAGCCCCUCCCAGCCCAAGGACCCCAGUUUUCUGGCCUUGCCGCUCCCCCACCUCCUGGAGUCCCCUGCCCAGAAUGGAGCACAGCCUGGGGCCCCUGUUCAACCACCUGCGGGCUGGGCGUGGCCACUCGGGUAUCCAACCAGAACCUCCUCUGCAGACUGGAGACCCAGCGCCGCCUGUGCCUGCCCAGGCCCUGUCCACCUGCAAGGGGGCGCAGCCCACGGAACAGUACCUUUUAGAGCAGGGCUGGGAAUAGGGAGGCUCAGUGCCCACCCUCCCCAGCAGGCAACCCCGUGCUUGGGCCCUGAGCAGACGGCAGAUGGCCCCUCCCCACGCCCUUGGCUGGGGCAACGGUAUCCUGGCCCCGGAAGACAAGAAUGUUCACAAGCCGUCUGGUCCAUCUGGACCCUGACAUAGAGUCGGGAUGUAUGCCCCAGUCCCCCUUCCUCUACCUCACAGCCUAGGGGCUGGCCAAGGUGUCCCGGGUCUUCUGGUUCAUUCCUGGCCUCCACACAGCCUUUAUCAAACAUGCGCAUGGGCAAGCUUUCCAGCAGUUAGGGCAACCAGCUGUCCUUUAAUCAGUAGGCCAAGGCAGGUGCUGGGCUGGACUGGCUGUCUUUCUGGGGGUGUGGUGAAGAGGGGCACACAGAUAUUCUGAAUCUCCUGCUCCCUUUCCUGGAGUGAUGAAAGAACAUCCCCGAAUAUGUGCCUAUACCAGAGCCUGUAGGUCUGGCUUAUGCUGUAGAAAGCCCUCCCGAUCCUGGGCAGAAUUCAGAGGCUGCAUUCUUUGCGAAAAUCACGAGGUGAAAUCACAGUUUUGAAGAAAGUCAGAAAACAAGCCUGAGAGUGAUUUGUUAAACCCAGCUUGUAUUAAUAAGAAUGAACCUUUCUCAAGCACCUGCCAUGUGCCAGGCACUGAGCUAGACACUUUAUAUAUAGGUUGGUGCUUUGCGACAUUUAAGACCAGAGGAAAGUAGGGGAGAAUUAAGGAUAACCCCUGGGGACUGGGGAACGUGGCUCAAAAUAAACCAACCCAAGUGUGA